AUGGGUGACCAGUAUCAUUCAUUCGGCAUUGACCCCACAAAGUCUGUAAUUGCCAGUUCAUCUUUGUCAUUCUAUCAUCAUACAACAUCUGCCGGACGUAAAAACGAACAAGAGGAAGAUUUUAUACCGCUCGUAGUUGUUCCUGUGCUCAUAAUUGUUGGCGUAUGUUGCAUUAUGUUGUAUUUUGUGAAGAAGUAUAAACUUUCGAGAAGACGUCGAAUCGUUCAAGAGAUCUCUGAGGCGCCACACACGGAAGUCACUAACGACGACAGUCGUGGUGGUAAUACUGACGGCUCUUCAAAACGCAAAGACAACGAAGAGAUCU